GCUAUAUAGGGUCCACCUGCAGGGGCUCUGGCAGCUUUCAGCGGCCCCAGCAGGAGACGGAAGAUGCAAGAGGUCAUUGCAGGGCUGGAGCGGUUUACCUUCGCCUUCGAGAAGGAUGUCGAAAUGCAAAGGGGCACUGGGUUCCUGCCUUUCCAGGGCAUGGACAAGUCGGGCUCAGCUGUGUGCAACUUCUUCGCUAAAGGGCUCUGUGAGAAAGGGAAGCUCUGCCCGUUCCGGCACGAGCGAGGGGAGAAGACGGUGGUGUGUAAGCACUGGCUCCGUGGGCUGUGCAAGAAGGGCGACCCCUGCAAGUUCCUACACCAGUAUGAUGUCACCAGGAUGCCCCAGUGCUACUUCUACUCCAAGUUCGGUGACUGCAACAACAAGGAGUGUUCCUUCCUCCAUGUGAAGCCUGCUCUCAAGUCCCGGGACUGUCCUUGGUAUGACCAAGGUUUCUGCAAGGAUGGUCCCUUGUGUAAAUACCGCCACGUCCCCAGAAUAAUGUGUCUCAACUAUUUAGUUGGCUUCUGCCCUGAGGGACCUAAGUGCGAAUUUGCUCAGAUGACUUGUGUAGGAAUUCAAGCUGCUGCCCUGGAAGCGAAAUCUAAGCGUUGCUGCUUACCUAGGGAGGCCCUCACCAGUGCCACAGAGGGGGAGAGCAUGAUUGUAAGAGACAAAAUGAAGAAGGCUGUUGAAAAUGGUUUGAAAAGAAUCUCCAGUCUCUCUGGAUAA